AAAUGACUUUUCAAUUCUGUCGGGUUAUUUGUUGUGGCGAAAACAAGUUUUGUCGUAAUUCGUAAACUACGAUUUUUCGCUCGCGUAAUUGAAUAAUUUGCAUAAAGAAGAUAUAAACCGUGAUGCGAAGCGCACACGAGUAGUUAUUUGUGACAGUUGAUCUGUGAAGAUAGUGUUUUGUGGGUCAGAACUAAAUUAGUAGCAGGGCCCAUGUUUUGGGAUCAUGUUUACCGCAAUAGGCACAUUAUGCAGGAGUUUGAGGACAUAGAGGUGCACAAGACAAGCGUGUCGGUGUUUGUGGCUCUCUUCUACCUUGAGAUGCUGUACAUCCUCAUCAUGACGCUCUCGAUCCUGAAUAGACUGAAUCAGAACAUCGUCUCCUAGAUGCCAUACCUUUUCCUUUAUUUUGUGUACUAGUACCCAAUCAUGAUGGACUCUUUGCAUUCGGAAAGGUUUUACCUGCAAAGGGACGGUGUGCAAGACAUUUAUAUAGAUCUACCCAAACCUCUGCCACAGCACCAACUAGAUGGUAUCCGCUUCCUGUAUAAGCAUUUUAAGAAGAAAACACCAGGUGUCAUUCUGAAUGACCCCUCAGGCUAUGGAAAAUGCUAUCAAGUCAUCUCAUUUCUAAAAGCUAUGCGUCCUGUGCUCAAGAAACCGGUUCUCAUACUUUCAAAUGAGGUUUACAAUUGGAAGGAACAAUUUGAAAAAAUUUGGGGAAAUUGUGAUGAUGAAUUGUCGAUCGAAGCUCGCUCGCCAUCGUCUAGGAAACUAGUGCAUAUCAAUCCAGUUGAGGAUGGGUUCAACUUCAUCGGCCGUUGCUGGAGCAUCGUCGUGCUUCACGACGUCGACUGCACAAAGAAACUACUUAAGAUGACCUUCUAUUCAGAUUAUAAAAUUUGGGUCACUUCUACGGAUUUAAAGGAUUACUUGCCGGUUUUAACAUCGAUCUACGAAUGGCUUCAUCCCAAUCAAAAAUUCAACAAAAAUUUUUUCAUAGUGAAUAAGCAUGACAAAAAAGAUGUGGUCAGCAAAGCUUUACUGUUGGAUUCUUUACUAGAGGAUUUUUAUAUUAGAAGAAAUAAUUUCAGGACCCCUUUUCUAAAAGAUUCGCAUCAAAGUCCUGCUCCUAGAUAUAUACACUCACCGCCCAAAGCUACGCUAAAAAAUAAGGAUCCCACGGGGACUAAAGUUAAACGUUGUAGAAAAAGAAUAAUUAACGAUGACAAUAUUGAAGAACAAAAUACUGUUAAGAGGAAUACAGUUUCAAAUAACAAGGAAUUAUCAAUUGAAAGUGAUAGUAAAAACAUUGAUGUACAAAACUUAACAUACAACGAAGAACCCACAAUAUCUGAAAACUUCAUGGAUUUCGUACAGAAUAGCAAUGAUAGUUCUGAAUGCAUAACCGUAAAAAUCGAUGCAAAUGAAAAGGAUCUUGACUUUGGAAUAUUUGAUUCUAUUAUGAGAAAUAACAAAGUAGGAAACUCAGACAAUGGUCCAAAUCCCACAGAAAAUAAUUAUAAAGAAUCUCAAAGUAGUUUAGUAUCUACUCAAAAUGAUUUAAAAUCAGAUAAAGUUGUAGACGGUGGAAACAACAUUAUCGUUCCUGACACAGCAGACAGCGAGGAUUCCCCAACUAUUUUAUUAUGCACCCAUACCAAUGAAUCUGUUAUCGAAGAAAAUAACGUAACAAAAACGAAUGUAACUAUAAUCCCUGAGACGGAGCAAUCUGAAGAUACGAAUAACAUAUUACCAAUUCAAAAUAACGAUUCAGAAGAUAUUAACUCACAAAACUCUCCCAAUUUGAUUUUAAGUGAUGAAGUUGCAAACAAAACAAACGAAACGGAUUCGCCAAAAAAGUUUGGUAAUGAAAAAAAUAUUAAAGAUAGUGAAGAUGCAGGGGAUGCAAGUGACAAUACAAAUUGUAAAAAUAAAAUUGGUACUGUUAAGGAGGAAGGCGACAUCCUCAGUGAUAUAGACGCUAAAUUGGCGGAACACGAAGCGAUGGCUUUAAAGAGAUUUAAGGGAACUUUAUUAGAUAGACUAUUCUAAAUGUGAGACUAAACUAGAAUAAGCUUGUGGGACACUGUAGUUAAAUAUAAAAUAUGUACUAUAAGAUUUACGAGACCGCCGUGUCGAAGAUCUUGAUGAAGUACUUACGAAUCAAAUAUAUAGCUAUAAAAUCUUCACUAACAUAAUUUGAUGAUUAAUAUCUACAUGAUCGUGAAAGAAGUUGGCACAUAUUUACGCGGUCUGGUGUAUGUCGUCUAUGCUAAGUCAUUCUUAUAGUAUUUCAGGCACCGCUAAUAAGCGACGCUACUUAUUUGUCGCGCCUACUGAUUUCCUAUCGUGUCACUAAAUAUUUCGCGUUCUACGAGAAACAGGUUGUCAGUUGGUGAUAAAACUAUAAAUAUUACAAAAUCGGUUGAUUUGAACUUUGCCCUUUUAAGUUGUUCAAUAUUCAAUAAAAUGAACUGCAAUCGCCAACUGAUUUUUCUCUUAGAGUGCCAAUUUACGAUACUUAUAUAUGAACUAUUGUGUGAGCUUAUUACUUAUGCUUUAUUAAUGUUACUUUCUAUGUAAUAAUAUAAUAUAUGUAUAUUAAUUAAGCGAAUAGAUUUUACUAAACAAAUGGUUGUAUGUUUUUUAAAAAUAAAAUUACUGUUAUAUAUUUAUUUCUUCCUAUGUUUUGAUGGAAUUUAAAGGACCUACUUAAGUAGAUAAGUAGUAUUCAUUAUUAAAAAUCUUGUAUAAAAUAUCUAUAUAUGUAAUAGGCCGAAUCGUACAUAGGUAUGUACAUAUAUAAGGUUUUAUGUACUCGUCUACGCGAAUUAUCACAGAAUUAAGUACUAUUAUCUAGUUACAGAAUUAAUUAUUUAUAUAUACUAAACAUGUCAAAAUUAUGUGGGUAAAAUAAAACGAAUAUUAGGAUGCAUCAAAUAUUUAUUUCUUUUUCUAUCAUAAACAUGUAAUAUCACGUCGUUUUGUAUACAUAAUUGUAUAAUAUAAAUAAUUUGUUGGUAGUUGGUACAAUACGAAUAUAUAAUAUAUCUCUGUAGUAUGAUCCAGGGGGGUUAAAAUGGCGACAAUAAAGCAAUUCAUCUUCUUCGAUGAAUAUAUAGAGAGCAAUAUUGCUAUUUGACAUUUGUUUGCAUUGCAAACUUCAUUUUACAUGCGCAAAUGUCAAAUUGCAAUAUUACUUUGUUAGAUGAAUUGCUUCGAUGUGGCCUUUUUAACCCCCUAGUACUACAGGGUUGUAUGUUUAAGUAUCAAUUCUCUCUGUAAGUAAAUGUAUAUGCAAAAUUAUAUAAAAACCGUUGCAUAAAGACAUGAUAAACACAUGUAGGAAUGAAACAUUCAGCCUUUAAAACUAAUCCUAAUGAGUUAUGCCGUUCCCGGUAAUAUUCCCGUUGUAAAACCUUUUUAAUAGCAAGGACACUGGCUGAUCUUUUUCAAAUUGUUGUUUUUUGUACUUUGGUUUUAUCUGCCUAAAGGUUUUACAUACGUUUUACGACUUUCACGUUCGUCGUCCCAAAGUGAGAAUAUCUCCGGGAACGGGAUGUCACUGAUCCUAAUAGCCUAGUCAUAAUGGGGUAGUUGUCAAGUAUCAAAGACUUUUUCGUUCUAGUUCCAAAAUGAGACAUUAAUAAAUUGAUAGUCAAAUGUGAAAAAUUCGUUGAAAAAUGAAAUAGUUACAGCCGUCCGAAAUCGAGGUGUUAGAAAGAAAUGGCAAUAGAAACACGUUAUGUCACACGCUCCUAAUACCAUACAAGCUACAUCAGCUACAUACAAAAGCAGGUUUCAACCCCCUAGCGUUAUCCUGUUUUUCACAGGGUUCGCUUACCAAACAAAAAACAAUACAAAAGUCGUUUUAACAUUGAAUAUCUCUGGCGUUGGAUGAGAUAUUGAAAUACGGAUUUCAGAUUAAUCGUUGGCGUGUGUAGAUUGAUGAAAAAAAAGACAGUCAACUACCCUAGUAGGGUUCUGAUAGGGUUUCUUUUCUGUUAAUGUAUUGUUGUUAAAAGGCGUUUUUUAACUCUGCAAAAUACAUAAAACUAAAGCUCUCUCACAAAGGCGAUACCCUGAGCGCUGUGAACGGGGCACGGGAGUAUGUGUGAAAACACAUACAUUAUAAUAGCAGCAUGUUAAUAUUUGAAACAUGUCAUGAUCGAAGAAUCUCACAUCAUGUCUUUAUACAUCGGGCAUAAAAUGGAAUGCAAAAUGUUAUAAUAAUAAAGUUUACCAUGUAAAGUAUUAAGUACUUUCUAAAUGGAAUGUGAUUUUAUAAUAAAAACGGUUACGACAAAAUU